CGCCAGCCAGGGCGAACUGCACCGCCGGCCAACUCUCUCGCUUUCAAUCACUCUCUCAAUCGACUCAUCACUCGAUAAACAUCAACAUCACUCUCCUCCCCGUCGCUCUCCUCUCUGUAGCUCUCCCCCUUCUCGCUCUUCUUUCUCUCGGUCUCUUUCGCGCUUCCCGUUCUCAUCUUCCAUCAUGCCAGGACCACCACCAGCACCACCACCGCCGCAGCUACCACCCCCACGCUCCUCCCACUCUCCCCCUCCCUCACGUCCGUCUCGCACUUCCCCACCACGGCCCCCACCCAGCCUCCGUCCAACAACACUACAGCGCGCGACGCUCGCUCUUGUCGCGGUCCUGACAGCCACCAUGAUUGCCGCGAACGCGACUCUCCUCGCCCCCCUCUAUUUUAUGAGCUGGCGCUUCGGCCCCAUCAAAGACACCUGGCGGCCCCUGCUCGUCGCGCACAUCCUGUAUGGUGUCGUCCUUCUAUCCUACCUCUCCGCAUUCGCCCUCGCCGCGCGCCGCGGCGGAUGGCGUGUCCGCGAAGACGUCCUUCCCACCGGCCUGCUCUCGGCGACCGGCUUCGUCCUCGCGGGCAUGUACACCAUCGUGCCCCUCUACUCCGGCCUGACCAUCCAAGAGUGGGAAUGCGAGGGCCUCGGCGUGCCCUGCGGCGCCACGCGCAUCAGCCUCGCCAUCACAUGGCCCAUCGCCGCCCUCUGCGGCUCCGUGUGUGUCGGCGAGACGGUCUACGUCCUCCGCCGGCAUGGACGCGGCGUGUGGCACCACACCUUGCCCUUCCUCCAAGCUGUUCCGCCGGAAGACUUGGUCGACGCCAGGAUAUACUCGGCCCUGCCGGAGGCGCCGCAGGGCGCGACAAUGUUCCCGAUGUACGGCCUGCCGUUGGAGGGUAGGGGCGGGGCGGUGUCGGGCGCGGAGGGUUUGGAGGCGCGGAGUUGGGACGUGUACAGAGUAGCACUGUUUGGCACGCGCGAUCCCGAGGGGGCACGCAAGCCGCUCCGUGGAAGCAGAGGGCGCCGGUCGCCCCCAGAGUAGCAUACACCGCUUUGGCCGCCUUACACCACCGUAACUUGACAUACAUGUACCCGUUGUAUCAUAAUUUGUAUUACACGAUGUAGAACCAUGAGUCGUG